AUGUCCAACUACACACAUGAGCCCGCCUCGCCACGCUCCCUGGGCUUCAGCGAGUCGAGCUUCUCCAGUCCGCGUUCCAUGUACACUGGCUCCGUCCGUACUGCUUCCACUCACAGCUCCAACUCGGACGAGGAACCAGCAGUUCUUCGCGUCGUCGCUCCCCGCGCCAAGCGCCCCUUUUCGGGACCUCGUAACGUCCCACAAGAACCCACUGCUCUCGGCUUCACGAAUGUCGACUACCUCCAAGAUGUGCUCAAGUUCGACUCUUUCAAUCAUCCUGGCGGCAGCGAUGCUUCUCUCGAGGACCUUCUCAUCCUCUACCAGAGCAACCUCGCCGUCUCUGCCCAGAGACCCCUGCACCCCUCGGCCCGUGCUGCCAAGGUCGACUCAAUUGGCGAGCAGGACGAGCUCGAGCUCAUCGACGAACAUCCACGAUACACUCGCGAGCAGAAGGGCAAGUCAGUCGAGUUGAGCGACUCGGACCAGAGUUUUUCUUCCUCACCACCUGCUUCAUCUACCCAGAGCAGCCUAUUCGGCGAAGCCCCAGCCUUCCCCUCGUCGGGUCUCUCGCGCGAAGACAUUGUUUUCCGCAUCGCCCACCCCAACCAGGAACCUCCUUCUUGCCACGCUGCUCAGUCCGCUCUCGCUAAAUCCUUUCCUUCCCUUGUCGAACCUCCCGCUCGGAUGUUUGGCGAAAACGGCGCACCACUUCCCCCUACCAAGAAGGAAGAGAUUUCUCCUGCUGAACGUGCUGCUCGCCAGGAAGCGCUCAAGAUCGAGCUCAAGGGCAGCAAGACUCACUCGCUCGUCAAGGCCAUCGUCGUCCUCGAAAGUCGCACUGCCCUCUGGAAGAGGAUUGCCAGCAUCGACAAGUCUUCCACUAACUCGACUACCUUGCCCCUGCUCCCCGAGUUGCCCAACCCUUGGGACAUCGAGAUCACCCACGAGGGACUCGACAUCAGCACCAUCAAGUCCAAGACGCGCAAGAUCUUUGAGCUGCCGCGCUCCAAGACGUUCGGCGCCUGUCGCAAGUGCUCUGGCUCGGGCAGCGAGACCUGCCGCACCUGCCGCGGUGACGCUGGCAACGAGUGCUUCUGGUGCUCCGGCUCUGGCAUGCAGAAGGGUCGCCGCCGGUGUGGCCGCUGCCAGGGUCAGGGCAAGCUGAGCUGCAUGGCUUGCCACGGUGACAAGGCGUCCACGUGCCGCUCGUGCGAGGGUGCGGGCUGCGGCGAGUACUCGGCUUUUGUCGAGGUCAAGAUGCGCCGCAUCGAGGUUCCUGCCGUUUCGGUCGCUGACCUUCUCGGAUCUUCGCGCGCCUAUGCUGCCAACGCCAGGCCCGAGGUGGUCAAAGCUGCCGCGAUCGACAUGCUGUGGGAGCUCGUCAAGAUGCUGGCUGCCAAGGCCAGCGUCAGAGCCAAGCGUCCGUAUUUGCCUGUCUCGGCUGUGUGCACAUGGGAGAAGACCAUCUCGUACCUCGCCCAGGUUACUGCGAUCCAAAACGCCAAGUUCAAGGCUGGCUCCAAGCAGCCAUUCCGACCCGAGGGCCUCCACCGCCGUGUACCCACCAAGACGCGCUACUUUUCGCUCCCCACCGAUCCUUCGCUGCCAUACGCUGAGCUCACGCUCGACCAAUUUGUCAAGCAGAACGUCCCCGAGAAGGACGUCGUCCAGGUCGGCCAUGCUACCGGCGUGCACAACGUCUCACAUCGUCUGUCGGUCAUGCUUCUGGGUGAGGUCUCUGCGCCCUCUACUCCACAGCUCUCGUCGGGCGGCUCGUCGCCCAAGAUCUCGAGCGACUAUUCUGACCAGGUUACCAGUGCUUCCGAUGCUGUCAUCUCAAACUCAGUCCCAGUGACACCUCGUGGCGGUUCUCCUACUGGAUCGCUCCUGAUGCGACCUAGAAGCGCACGGCCCAUGAGCCCGAUGCGCGCUCCUCCAGCUCAGUUCAACUCGGACGAGCUUAGAGUCAAGAUGCUUCGUCACUCUUCCAGACUUUCGCGCACCAACUUUAGCCGCCCGCUCACUGCGCCUGGUAUCCCAAUCUAG